AUUUCGCUCUAGCGUAUUCUGCGGUGGAGUCGAAAUACCCCUCUUCUAAUCGAAGGUGAAAUGCGCUGUGGCUAUCGAGUUAGACACCCAUGACGUAGCACCGUCCAAGCGUCAACUCCGCCCCAGGAAAGUUUUGACCUUCAUACAACCUACCUCAAGAUUUCGACACUAUCUCGCUUCCACCCAUCAUUGAACGGAUAAUCAUCGAUAGAAGCACAUCCAACAUGCACGCGAUGGCGGAAGCGGUGCCGCCGGCCGAAAUUUCUCCUGGCGAGCCUGACCCGCAGACGUCCAACAAGACUCUCAAGCGACGCCGUGAGGCCGAGCCCUCGGACGAAGAGGUGGUAGCAAGUUCUGAGCAUAGCGCUCCCCUCGGCUUUGCCAGUACGCGGGAUGAGUCUCCCUCGAAACGAGCGAAGAUCGAUUUAGGAAUGUCCAGCCCGCCACCAUCGACAGUUUCGCCACGCAACAAGAGCGAGAAGGAUACUUCUGAGCAUCAGGCCGACGGUCUAGUUUUGCAGAGCAUAAGCUCCGCCCCAUGGAUACUCACUCCGUCUCCAGAAGCGUCGCGAUCAUAUCCGUUGAAUUCCUCCGAAAUGCGCAAGGAAGGCGACAGUGCUUUAGAACCUCAUCAAUACGAAGAACAUCAUGAUUCAGUACCUGGCACCGAAGCUCUAGAAGGAUCUCCUCUGGCGUCGAGUGACAGCACUAGCGGUGCGGACUCCCGACCAGAGAACAACGGGCAGCUUAAUAAACAAAGCCGCCCGGGAACGUGCGUGAAAGAGGCCUACGACGGGAUUAUCGAAGAUCCUGUGGCAGCAAGCCAGCCCUUUGCUGCAGUGAAAGUUUGCAAGGGAACCAACCAGGACAUGGACUCUGGAGAUCCUCGCCCUGCCGUCCCAAUGGUACCUGAAGAAAACCCGCCGCGCUCUGACGCAGCACAAGGGGAUACAUCUGGUGGUGUGAAGGGAAGCUGCGCGCCUGUCCCAGCAGUAGUCGUCGAAGAAGCUGAUAAUAAUACGCCAUCGGAGGCCGCAGAAGAAGACGAGAGCAGCGAUGCAGAGGCAUGCUCUGAUGAUUCCUCGAGCGAACAAUCUCAUUCAGACACAAGCACCAGCACACAAUCCGACAGCCAAACCAAUAGCGGCGGGAUCCUAGAGACUGAUAAAGGCUUCAUCCGAUUGCCAAGUUUCAUAGAGUGGCAGGCUUGCGACCUUGACGAUGGCGACAACAAAUCUCUCUACACGUCCGUCCUAUCUGAUCAGGCACAAGCAGACUAUCCGGGUCGCGAAAAGGCCAGGAAGACUCGGGAAGAGUGCGACAGGAGGGCACGCCAGCUGGUGGAGCAGGUUCGCGUAGCUAAAGCUAAAUGGCAAAAGCACAUGCGCGCAGUAGACUACUUACACGACCACCUCCUGAUGGGUUGCGCAAGGCUGCCUAGCUCUGCGGACGAGCCGGAACAAGGCGCAGAUGAGGAAGAUUUCGGUGACGAGCAAGGCCAAGAGCCUGAUGAGGACGAAGGUCCCCCUAACGCCGCUCACAAAGAAAUCCCCACACACAGUCGAGCAAGCGAGAGGCUGCAGCAACUUUCACGUAAAGAGGCCUCUAACGAGAAUGAGAAUAAAACCGUACCGCCUUCGAUCUCCAUGAAGAGAGACCUCAUCGAGAAAGAACGAGCGCUCCGACGCGCCGAAGAGCAGCACAACCAACACCGCUUCACCUAUGGUCGCCAAUUCUGGGAGCACGUAAAAUCGCGAGACUGCGGUGCCGGCGUUGACUUGGCGGAGGAGUUCGGUCCAAUCUUCGUUCAACGCGGGCAAGAACUCAUACGUGCAUUCAAAAAUGCUGAAGCAGAGUACGAGGAAGCAGUUGCGCAGGCAGAGGAAGCUGGCGUGCAUCCCUCCGAAGAAGAAGAAGAAGAAGAAGCGAAAAGGCAGACGAACAUUUAUCUGGACAACGAGGAGCUUGCAGCAAUGGUGAUAGGUAAACAGGAGGACCGCAUUCACGCUUGGAGUAUGAAUCCUGUAACUCUUUCGCGACCACCUUCACCAGUAGCAGAUGCGAACAACCUCGAUACUGGAAACAGUAAGAUCUCCUAUGCAGAGAUCAAUAACCCCGCGCCGUUCAACCAGACCGGUUCGAAGGGCGAAAAUCCACCAGCUGUAGGGAACGAGCGAGCGGAGACACCAGUGCUUGAUAACAAUGGCGCGAGCAUGCGCGCUGAAAGAAAGCGCGCCACUAGUGCUUGUUCCGAUGCCAUCGAGCAUACUCCUCCCAGCGCCGUCGAUAUCUCGACAAAAGGUUCGAAUGACGCCUCCAUGAAACACAACGCCGAACCUAACUCGGCGGAAAACGUCCCGAAGCCGAUUUCUGCUGGACCCAUCAGCGGAAGAACACCCAUUGGAAAGCAUGACGACGCCCCCGACUUAGAAAAGGAGUUUCGUCUUCCUACAGAGAGCGGCAAAAUCGAACAGCUUGGGCUUCAUCCGCCCCACGUCGAGACACACGACGAGAACGAGAAAGACCGUUCACAAGAGCAUGAUGUGUCGGCUCCGAGCAUUCCUGGAAACCUGGUAGGCGGGCAUCCCGAAAAGUGCAGCUCUAGCGAAGAACCUAAACCAAAGAAGCAGCUCCAACCACGACGGCCCAUUGAUCUGCGCGAAGGCAAGGCCCUAUCUACAGGAGUACCUAGCGAGCACGACACCGAUGACAAAGCCAAGCGAGAUCAGGAUGGAACAUCAGAACCGAGCAAGGGGCUGGAAGCAGGCAUUCCCGAUAAAGGCGACGAAGCCAGCGGACAUGUAAAGGACCAUGUGGACGCGCUGGUGGACCAGCAAAACCCCCGGGAUCACACCCUGGAUUUGCAAGAAUCCGUCACGAAUACGAAGAAACGAGAAGGGCAGCCCAGCUCAAGCGAUACUACAGCACCAAACGAAGAAAAUGCGCUCCCACCAGAAGAUCCCAGCAAACGGGCAGACAGCAAGUGCCCCAACGAAGAUCAUCACGUCGCACAAAACGAGGACGCAGCGCCGCAUAGGAGUAUAGGAUCCCAAGAAGCUCCCAUCGACCAAAACGAAGACCCAGGCCUGGGCAAGCCAUCGAGUCCGCUUGUCUCCUCACACCACGGAACCACUCCCGAUGACGGCGUGGAGUCCUGCCAUCUCCCUCCAUCCACCUCCGAAAAGCACAACGAAGAACUCUCGCCUGAUGAUAUGGAGUGGGAUUCAAUAGGCUCCCCACUUAGUAGCUCGCCCCCGGCCCCUGUCAUUGGAAAGCGAAAGCGAGAUUCUGCUGAGGAAGGACCAGGCUCGUUCGGUGUUUUUGUAAGCAGAAGUGUGGUUGCCGAGGGGAGUAAGAGGAGGAUGAUCGAUGACUGGGCGAGGAAGAUGCGUGGGGGGCACUACUGA